AUGGACUAUAGGACAGGACUGCUGCUUCUGACUGUCUGCUGGACAGGUGGAGAUCAUCACUAAUCUGAGUUGGACUUUUUCACCUCAUGACAACAAACUCACUUCAAUCUGUUGGUUUUUUUCUUCUGUCUUUUCAGGUGUUGGUGGUCAGACUCUGACUGAAUCUGAGCCGGUGGUUAAACGUCCUGGAGAAUCCCACAGACUGACCUGUACAGCCUCUGGAUUCACAUUCAGCAGCUACCGUAUGGUCUGGGUCAGACAGGCUCCUGGAAAAGGACUGGAGUGGAUUGCUUUUAUACACACAAGCAGUUCUCAUAUCUAUUUCUCCCAGUCAGUCCAGGGCAGAUUCACCAUCUCCAGAGAUGACUCCAGCAGUAAAGUCUACCUACAGAUGAACAGUCUGAAGACUGAGGACACAGCAGUGUAUUACUGUGCCCGCAGACCCACAGUGAGAGACGAGAACAGGAGAGACGUACAAAAACUACUUCCUCUUUUUAACACACUGACAACAUUCAUUAGUUUCAGGAAUGAAAAAGGAGAGCACUGA